AUGAACAAACAGGACGCGGUCGCCCUUGCACAUCUUGAAAAGGUCGACUCCAAGGACUCUCAACAUCGCAAUGAACUUGGGGAAGAUGCAACUCAGCUCGAAGGCUACUGGAGCUCGCCGCGCCUCCUCGGCUCUCUGCUUGCUACCAUCCUCCUGGCCAACAGCCUUUAUAUCGGCUAUGGAAUGCCCACCAAUGUCCUCUCGGUUAUCAAUGCUGAUAUCGGACCCUCGCCGAACAUAUAUCUCAUCUCGCUGGUCUACACUCUGUUCACGGGAGUGCUCCACUUAUUCUUCAGCCGUCUUUCUGAUAUCCUUGGGAGAAGGUAUUUUCUCAUCGGAGGACAGUUCGUCGGGGUGGUUGGCUCUGUCAUCUGCGCCACAGGCAAUACUGUCAACGUUCUUGUCGGUGGAAGUGUCCUGGCCGGUAUUGGCGGUGCAGCACAAUUGCUUUACCCAAUCAUCAUACACGAACUGAUUCCCAAUAAGCACCGACACUGGGCCCAGGCGGGAGUAACCCUCAGCGUUCUGCCCACUCUGGGCUUUGGCCCCGCCAUCGCACGCACAAUGAUUGCCCAGACCAGUAUGGGUUGGCGAGGUGUUUACUGGCUUAAUGUUGCCGUGUCUGGAGCGUCUGUUCUUCUUUACCUCACCUGCUACUUUCCUCCAAACUUCCACAUGAUCAAUAGCGAACUGACCAAAUGGCAAGAGGUCAAAACGAUGGAUUACGGCGGUCUCUUCCUAUACUUCAGUGGCCUUAUCCUGGUUCUAUUGGGGUUCACCUGGGCCCAGGGGAUAUAUGCGUGGAACAGUGCGCAUGUUAUCACCUCCCUGGUCGUGGGCUCUCUUGUACUGGUUGCCUUCGCUAUAUAUGAGAUAUAUAUGCCACUCAAGCAGCCCCUGUUACCAGUCAAGCUCUUCAAGAUCCCUAAUAUCACGGCGUGUGUUGUCGUCGGGUCGACCAUGCAGAUGGUCUGGCUAGCUCUGAACAUUUUCUGGCCGCUUCAGAUCAAUAUGCUGUUCACAACGGACGAGGUCACUAUUGGAUUGCUGUCCUGCACGACGGGCAUAGCCUUGACCGCGGGAGAGCUCAUAUUCGCCCCCCUUUUCAGGGGCAUCGGGCACCUGAAGUGGCAGGUCGUCGCUGCAAGUUUGAUGACCGCUGUGUUUGGUACUGCGAUGGCAGCAGUGACAUACAAAACGGAAAAAGUGGGCAUUGCUUUCACCAUCCUCGCUGGGCUCGCAGUCGGGUGGAUCGAAUUAGUAACCAUUGUCAUUACUGGACUCGUGGCUCCACCAAACGAUAUCGGUGUUGCUCAAGGAUUUUUCAGCUCAAUUAGAUUAGUGUUCGGCACUAUUGCUGUCAGUAUCUACCUCGCGAUUUACAGCAACCGAUUGACUGCCUUCCUACCUCAGGAGAUCGUUCCUGCCGUCCAGGAAGCAGGUCUCCCCACCAGCAGCGUUCCUGAUCUUUUCGUCGCCAUAAGUAAUGGCACUUCUGCAGCCCUGGAGAACGUCCCUGGAAUGACCGAAGUGGUUGUGGAAGCCCUUGGGCUUGCCACGAAGCACGCAUAUGCCCAUUCUUUUAAAGUUGUGUACCUGGCAACUAUAGCGUUUACGGGACUUGGGCUUAUUGCCUCAUUCUGGAUUGUGGACGUGAGUUCUUUCCUCACGAACUACGUCAAUAAGACCAUUCAUAGGCCAAAAAUUACAAAGAAGGCACAAGAGGACGUGUAA